AUGCUGCUGAGCCCCUCGUGUCGCACUCCGAUGACGUCGGUACCGGAAGUCGUGUUGAUACCGCCCUUUUACGUCACACUCGCGGCCAGCGUCCUGUACGCCCUGUGCAACGCGGCGUUUAACUACGCGAACUCCGGUCAUGGCAAAUUUGCCAAAACGCUUGAGAAGUGGGGGAGGCUUUUGUGGCUAACGCGUCGGGUGGAGAUCGCCGAAGCGCGGGAACUCGACGAGCUCCCGAUUCAGGCCGGUGCGUUUCCCAUUGAGACCGAUCGGCUCAUGGGCUCCGGAGAUCCCAGCGGCGAUGCCGCCUACAAUACCUUCUUACAGCCGUUGCCUGACGUCGGGCGGGGCGUGGUGGAUCCCCCCUCUCUGCCGGCUAAAGUGCUGGACAACGCGUUGCUGGACUCCUUCCAGUCCGUGCGCCUCGAGGCACAGCGGAUGGUGUUUGUGUACAGCCCGACCUACAUGAUCGUGGCCUCGGCAAAGAGCUUGGUGAUGCUGGUGGUGUUGCAGUACCACUUUGACUACGAGGGCGGGUGGAACCGCCUUGUGGUGUGCUCCGCGGCGAACGUGAUGGGCGGGCUGCUGACCCCCGUCCUGGAGUACGCCGCGAGGUGGCUGCUGCCGCUGGACCACGAGUGCGGGGGGCUGGGGGUGGUCGUGGAGCCAGAGGAGCCGACUGACUCGGUGCUCAUUGUGGAGGUGCUUGGCCACAUUUCUAGACUGGAGCUGGAGGACCUUGGCACGGUGCUGAUCCAGGGAAGCGCGUUCAUCGUCUUCGGCGCCGUCCUUCUUCCUGCGCUGCUUGUGUUCUGCCUGACCGGCAUGGCCUCCUUUCUCUGGC